AUGUAUACAAAGUACGUUGGUAGGUCGUGCCCUGGCCUCCACUACGCGCUGCAUUUUCUUUCAGCAAAGUGUCACCGCUACUCAGCUGCCACUAGCUUAGCCCAGGACCCACCCAACACAUUAAGCUGUCCGCCUCCUGCUCCAACAACGCCACACAUUCCCCACAUCCAUUUCGAUAAGGAUCCCAGAGCUCCAGCUCCUCCUGCGUCGCCUCCAAUGGCGGCUGCCGCUGCUUCCACAGGGAACGGGAGCCCGCCGGUGGGUCUGCUGGUGCUGAUGGUGCUGGCAUUGGCGGCCGGGUGGUUCGCGAACGCCGUCCGCCCGCCGCCGCCGACGCCGUGCGGUGCGCCCGGCGGGCCGCCGGUGACGGCGCCGAGGGUGCGGAUGCGCGACGGGCGGUUCUUGGCGUACGCCGAGUCCGGCGUGAGCCGGGACGGCGCGCGGUUCAAGGUCGUCUACUCGCACGGCUUCUCCGGCAGCCGCAUGGACUCGCCCCGCGCCUCGCAGGCGCUGCUGGAGGAGCUGGGCGUGUACAUGGUGGCGUUCGACCGCGCCGGCUACGGCGAGAGCGACCCGGACCCGCGCCGGUCGCUGGAGAGCGCGGCGCUGGACAUCCAGGACCUCGCCGACGCGCUGGACCUCGGCGACAAGUUCCACCUCAUCUGCUCCUCCCUCGGCUGCCACGCCGGCUGGGCCUCCGUCAAGUACAUCCCACACAGGCUGGCCGGAGUGGCGAUGAUGGCGCCGGUGAUAAACUACCGGUGGUCGGGGCUGCCGAGGGGGCUGGCGCGUCAGCUGUACCGGCGCCAGCCGCUGGGUGACCAGUGGUCGCUCCGCGUGGCCUACUACGCGCCGUGGCUGCUGCACUGGUGGAUGAGCCAGCCAUGGCUGCCCACCUCCACCGUCGUCAGCGGCUCCGGCUCCUUCCCCAACGCCCUCGACGAGAAGAACCGCCUCAUGGCCCUCUCCACCGGAAUGUUCCAAAAGAGGGCACAGGCGGCCACGCAGCAGGGGGGGCAGGAGUCCUUCUACCGCGACAUGGCGGUGAUGUUCGGGCGGUGGCCGGAGUUCGAGCCGACGGACCUCGGGGAGGCGCCGCCGUUCCCGGUGCACCUCUUCCAGGGCGACGAGGACGGUGUCGUGCCGGUGCAGCUGCAGCGGCACAUAUGCCGCCGGCUCGGCUGGGUCGGCUACCACGAGCUCGCCGGGGUGGGGCACUUCCUGUCGGCGGUGCCGGGGCUCGGAGACAGGAUCAUCGGCACCCUAUUGCCAGGGCCGGCGGGUAACAGCUCGACCGCCGCCGGCAGCGUCUGUGCGUACUGA